AUUAACCUUCGCAAAAAAUUCGAGUUUGAUAUAAUUUAAUCAUUUUUUGAAUAAUGGAAAAUUACUUUUUGCUCAGUGAAUUAAAAAAUCGUUGAAAUCUUAUUAUAUUUAAAACAAAUUGUCCCUAAAAAAUUCCUCAUCUCAGUACAAAAAUAAUUGUUCUUCUCCCGAUUUUCCCCCUCAUUCGAAAAUUUCCGUCGCCGAGGUGCGAGUGUCUCUUGACUGUCCCCAAGAGUUUGAGGUUAUCCUGUAACCCCACGUUCAAAGUUCAGAAGUUUUCCCUCAGUUAACACCAUCCAACCUCGCGCAGUGACUAUAAAUUUCUCCACAAGCCUCCAACUAUCCCAGAAUAGCAUUCUCCAGUGGAUAAAAAAAAAAACAAGUCUCAAACGUUCAAUUAUGAAGGAUCACUUUCCACUGUCAAAACUUGUUGUUUUGCUAUGCAGACAACUUGCAAAACCACUGUCACUGAGAAUCGUUAAUUUUGCCAGGGGACAUCGAUACUUCCGAUAUUACGGAUUAGUUGUACCAGGCAAAAUUUAUCAUCGCCUUGAGCUGAAUACUAAACGUUAUCUUCCCAAUGACAAGUCAAAGGAGAUCGAGGGGAGGAUGGAAAUUGGGGAGUCUGAGGCUAUUGAGAUUGGUGCACAGCUUGUCCUUGAGGGACUGGUAUUCACAAUAUUAGCUGGUUUUCUCAUACUCGAGAACAAUCGCUCGUCAAAACGAAAUGAAUUGAUGGAGUCUGAACGUACACGUGAGCUCAACAAACUGGAAGAACGUAAAGCCGAAGUAGUGGAUAUAUUUUCACGUCAGGCUAAGCUAAUUCAUGAACUUCGUGGGAAAGUUGACGAUUACUCAUUGCAAAGUCGGUCGUCGGCCUCUGUCACGUCAGACGUCUAGCUGUUUCAAUGGAUAAAAUACGAGAGCGUCUAAUCCACUGAAUGCUCUAACCAAUUCUCUAGGAGUUUCUGGGAAAGCCUUGCCAACCCUCACUUUCUCAUCUUCCACCCAAUUCUCCAUUUUAAUCUGACUUUAAAUUUCAAGUUCCACGAGUGGGAUUAGUUCAAACUAUUAAUUACUCAAUGAAUUAUUAUUAUUCCCUCUACGAGGAAAAAAAUUCUCUAAUAUAUUACCGUCAGUUUAUGAAAAAGAGUUGGAUUGUCGACUUCUCUAACUUGAAAUAUACAUGAUUUUUUUCUUGUGAAAUAUUUGGUGGGAAUAAUUAAUUACCGAUCAAGAAUUUAUUAAGAGAAAAGAAGAAAUUAAAUGGUCCCCCUUCCUCCCCCUCUCGCAGUGAUGUAUUUGUAGGAGCUUGAGUGGGGUCACGUCAGCCGACUUAUCUUUCCCUUCCACGUGGCCGAGUUAGUGGAUGAGUAAUGUUUUAUUUCAUUUUUAUUUUAUUUUUAUUUCCACCUCCUCCCCCCCUCCUCCCGCUGGUUUUUCUCGAUUAAGGAGAAAACCAGAUUUCACCCCUUGGAUAAAGAGUCUCUCGUCAG